UUUCCGGUCCCCAAACCAGAAGUGGAGCUUGCAGCCUCCCGGCGGACGGGAUGGCGGCUCGAACCGCGCUCCUACUGCUGCUCGGGGUGGCGGGCGCCGGCCCGGCCCCCGCCCAGGCCUCGCGGGGGGACCGGGAGCCCGUCUACCGAGAAUGCCUGACGCAUUGCGAGAGGCGCAACUGCUCCGGGCCCGGGCUGCGGCACUUCCGCUCCCACCAGCCUCUCUACAUGAGCCUCACAGGAUGGACCUGCAGAGAUGAAUGUAAAUAUGAAUGUAUGUGGUUGACGGUGGGCCUUUACGUCCAGGAAGGAUACAAAGUGCCUCAGUUUCAUGGAAAGUGGCCCUUUUCCCGCUUCCUGUUUUUUCAGGAGCCUGCUUCUGCCUUUGCUUCGUUCCUGAACGGACUUGCCAAUUUAGUGAUGCUGAACAGAUAUAAAGCUGCUGUCCCCCGCUCUUCUCCCAUAUACCAUACCUGCAUUGCCUUUGCUUGGGUUUCUUUAAAUGCCUGGUUCUGGUCUACAGUUUUCCAUACUCGAGAAACGAAUCUAACUGAGAAAAUGGAUUAUUUCUGUGCAUCAGCCGUCAUCCUUCACUCUGUCUACCUGUGUUGCGUCCGGACUCUGGGUCUGAAACGUCCAGCCUUUGCCACCGCCAUAGGCAUCUUCCUGCUCCUCUUCCUGGCCUGCCAUGUGUCGUAUCUGACGCUCGUGCGCUUUGACUAUGGUUACAAUAUGGUUGCCAACGUGGUAAUAGGCCUCCUCAACCUCCUCUGGUGGCUGGGAUGGUGCAUGAGGAACCAGCAACGCCUGCCGUACGUCUGGAAGUGUGUGGCGGUUGUGCUUCUUCUGCAAGCCUUGGCCCUCCUGGAGCUCCUGGACUUCCCGCCGUUGCUCUGGGUCUUUGAUGCCCAUGCCAUCUGGCACAUCAGCACCAUUCCCGUCAAUAUCCUUUUCUACAGUUUCCUCGUUGACGACAGCCUCUAUCUUUUGAAGGCCAACUCCAUCAUUAAAAUAGACUGAAGGGGCUGGUGGAACACAGCUUGGAGAACACCACUGGUCUCGAUGGAAGACAUCCAUGGGCUCGUUUCCAGCAGGAGUGUGCUGUGUUCUGAGAAGUGGCAGCAAUUUGCACUCCCUGGUUCUGCCCUCCUACUUCCCCAGCAUCCACGUGUGGGUUCUGCUGCCAUGGUGUCCUAAACUGACUGUCUGCCUUUCUCCUGGAUAUAUCAGGAUAUACAUCUUGCCUCUCCUGAAACUUGCGCUCGAGUUCCUCGCGCUGCCUUCCCAAGUCUUUUCAUGCUUCUCUGGGGAGAUUUUGUUUGUGGCUUGUCCUGGUCGAUUCAUUUUUAAACAUUUGUUUUUAUUACCCCGCCCUGAUUAGCUCUAUGGUGUUAGAUCUGUUGGUCUAAUAUGCUUUUGCUAAGUGGACUUCCAAAAGCAGCAUGGACGAUGCUUCUCGAAGCAGAAUUUUCAGAAGCCUUCUUUGUCAUGUGCCAUGGGUGAAAUUGAAAUGUCAACUGUUUCAGCGAAGCAGUCCUGACAUGCUGUUUCAUUGACAGGUUGCCUUUUGUUCUUUGCCAGCCCAUCAGGUAACACUGCUCUGCAAACCCUACUUCCCCACGACUUCCCUGUCGUGAUAAAAACAAGAACUAAGAUUCCAGGUUGCGGCGACUUCUAGGAGGAAAAAUGGGGCUGGGCUCAACCUGCCUAGAAGAUUUUCCCUCUGACCUCAAAGCUUUGUGCACAUACUCCUUGGUGGUGUGAGCUCUCUGUACGGGCUCAGACGCACCUCGGCUCAUUCUUAUUUUUUCAGAGCCGAGUCCUGGCAUUAAAAACCAGGGGUUGAGCCUUGUCUCAAAUUAAGUCUGAGCAGAAUGGAAAAAUAUAUAUUUAAAAGACUUCUUUAAAAAACCAAUUGGGGUGAAUCUCUGAAUUUUUCAUCCUGAAGACUAUUCCUUCCAGUCUGUGGAAGCUGUAUUCGUCUGUUCAAGCUGAUAUGCGAUUCAUGGGGGAAAUAAAUGGCAUUUCUCCUUUCCUUUGA